GAUGGUUUGAGCGGGAAUCGCAUCUUAACAGCGGCAGGUUGCUGAAGAUUCCGGAUUGUUUUGUUUUUGGCUGUUUUUUUUGUUGUCACAAUUCGUAGUCUCUUAGGAAGAUCAGAGAUGAAAUGCACCAUUCCAGAGAUCUCUUGGCACAACAGAGACCCAGUUUUAAGCGUUGAUGUACAGGUCAAGAAACCAGACGAACCAUUUUACAGAUUAGCCUCUGGAGGAUCUGACACUCACGUUCUGAUAUGGAGAAUAAUAAGGCAGGACACAGGGGUUUUACAGCUUGAUUGCGUUUGUGAUUUGACCAAGCACCAAAAAGCAGUAAAUGUUGUCAAGUUCUCACCAUCUGGCGAGUUUCUGGCUUCGGGAGAUGAUGAAUCAUAUAUAAUCAUUUGGAAACAGAGGUCCAAAGAAGAUGCUCCUGAUUUGGACAAAGAAGUCGAAAUGAAUGAUGAACAUUGGAUACAGUUUAAAAUUUUGAGAGGGCAUCUUAACGACGUCUACGAUCUUUGCUGGUCACCUGAUUCCAUUCACUUGCUCUCAGGAUCAGUCGAUAACACAGCAAUUAUUUGGCAUGUCACCAAAGGGCACAAAGUAUCCAUUUUAUCCGAAGGAAAUAAUUUUAUCCAAGGAGUUACUUGGGAUCCUAAAAAUAAAUUUGCAGCAACUUUGAGCAGUGACAGCAAAUGCCGAAUUUAUGAUUGGAGGAGUCACAAGAUGGUUUUUAACAUUGGACGAGGGCGGAUUCCAGGACAUCUGCCAUCCCCCGGGGAGGAAGAUAAAAAAUUAAAGCUCUUUCACGAUGACACUCUUAAAACAUUUUUUCGUCGAUUAGAAUUCAGCCCUGAUGGUCAACUACUGUCCACACCAACCGGAACUAUAGAACCACCUGUAAAUACUUCAGAAAAAUUGUUAAACGUUACAUGGAUAUUUGCUAGGAAACAGUUUAACACCCCGGUGUUGUAUUAUCCGUCUAACCAGCCAUCCAUGAUCACGAGAUGGUGCCCAAUAAAAUUUCAAUUGCGUCCAGAGACCAAACCGGUUAUUCUCUUGCCUUAUAGGAUGAUUCUUGCAGUCGCGUCUAAAUCAGCGAUUGUCUUAUAUGACACUCAGUAUGCAGUUCCAAUUGGCCUCAUAUCCAACAUACAUUAUACUAAACUUACAGAUAUGGCCUGGUCAUCAGAUGGCAGAAUACUAGUGGCAUCAUCGACUGACGGCUAUUGUUCUUUGAUAACCUUCACUGAAAAUGAAUUGGGCGACUGUUAUAUUGAAGCUGAAACAUCUUCAUAACUGUAAUUUAUUUGUAAAUAUUGUUAACAAUAAAAUUUUAUUUAAAUUUUUCUGUUCGUAAAGGAUAAGGAGUUAACAAUGACAAAACCUUUUAUUAUAAAAAUAAGGCACUUUCAAUAAAAUUAUUUUAAAAAUAAAA